AGGAGGAAGGCGCCGAGGAGAAGGCGCCCGGAGCCGGAGGGGGAGGGGGAGGAGCCCGGGGCCCCGACGACGAGGACCGAGCCGGAGCCCCAGCCCCAGCGCCAGCCCCAGCCCCAGCCCCAGCCCAUCCCCGCCGCCUCGGAGAUGUGACCGAGGCGGGAGACAAAAGGAGGCCGGGCCGCCCUUCCGUCCGUCCCUCCCUCCGUCCGUCCGUCCGUCCGUCCGUCCGUCCCCCCGUCCCCGCCCGCAUGCGGGACUGGAGCAGGAGCAGGAGCAGGGAGAAGGCGCGGGCGCGGCGGUGGCGGGCUGGCGGGGCCGCCAUGGGCAGGUGAAGGCGGGCUUGGAGGCUGGCUGCCCGCCAAGAUGGGGGAGGCCGCCCGGCCCGCCGAGCCCCGCCGCACCUUCAUCGUGCCCGACGUCAAGCCCUGCGACCACUAUGACUUCGCCAGGGCCAAGGUCGCCUGCGGUCUCGCCUGGCUGGUGGCCAAAGCCUUCGGGACAGAAAACGUUCCAGAGGAACUGCAAGAACCAUUUUAUACGGACCAAUAUGACCAGGAACACAUCAAGCCACCCGUCGUCAGUUUGCUUCUCUCAGCAGAACUCUAUUGUCGUGCUGGGAGCCUUAUUCUCAAGAGUGAGGCCGCAAAACCUCUUCUGGGACAUGAUGCUGUGAUCCAGGCUUUAGCACAGAAAGGCCUCUAUGUCACUGACCAGGAGAAAUUAGUAACAGAGCGCGAUCUGCACAAGAAACCCAUUCAGAUGAGUACUCAUCUGGCCAUGAUUGACACCUUAAUGAUGGCUUAUACCAUGGAGAUGGUUAGUAUAGAGAAAGUGAUCGCUUGCGCCCAACUGUAUUCGGCCUUCUUUCAAGCCACAGACUUGCCAUAUGAUAUUGAGGAUGCCAUCAUGUAUUGGAUAAAUAAGGUAAAUGAUCAUUUGAAGGACAUAUUGGAACAAGAACAGAAAUUAAAGGACCAUCAUACAGUUGAAACUCCAGGAGGUCAAAAGUCUCCUUCCAAAUGGUUUUGGAAACUGGUCCCUGCUCGUUAUAGGAAGGAACAGACCCUGCUGAAGCAGCUGCCCUGCAUUCCGUUGGUAGAAAAUCUUUUGAAGGAUGGUACAGAUGGUUGUGCCUUAGCUGCCCUGAUCCAUUUCUACUGUCCUGACAUUGUCAGACUGGAGGAUAUUUGUUUGAAGGAGACUAUGUCAUUGGCUGAUAGUCUAUAUAAUCUGCAGCUGAUCCAAGAAUUUUGCCAGGAGUAUUUGAACCAGUGCUGCCAUUUCACUCUUGAAGAUAUGCUCUAUGCUUCUUCAUCAAUAAAAAGUAAUUAUUUGGUGUUCCUGGCCGAGCUGUUCUGGUGGUUUGAAGUUGUGAAACCAUCGUUCGUACAGCCACGGGUUGUCAUUCAUCCACCAGCUGAAUCCGUGAGAGAUCCAUCUUCUAUUGCUGCUUUGAAUGCUGCCAGAAGAAACUUUUCAGAUGGUUCGUGCAGUUCGAAUUUCAUUUCAAGCGAGGAAGGUCCUGGAUUUCCACAAUCUCACCAUCGUCUUCUUGCCAGGCACCAACAACCUCAACCUCAUUCAGUUGCUCCAGGAGGAAUUAGAAGAUCCUCAUCCAUGUCUUAUGUUGAUGGCCAUGUAGGCACCUGGCCAAAAGAGAAAAGGUCCUCGGUUCAUGGAGUGUCAUUUGACAUUUCUUUUGAUAAGGAAAAUAGCAUGCAGUGCUCCACUCCAAACAGAGGAAUGACAAGGUCCGUUAGUAACGAAGGUCUUACGGUAAACAACAAUCGCAUCCCCAAACACAUUAGGAAAAACUUGUCCUUCAAGCCAAUCAAUGGAGAAGAGGGAACGAAAAGCAUCGAAGAAGAAAAUCCAAAAUGCAGUUUUCCUUUUAGUACCAAUGAGGUCAAUUCAAAUCAAAGCUUUCAGUACAAACUUCCAAAUGGUGCUCUGCAAAACAGGGUACAUCUAGAUGAUUUUGGCAAUCAGGUUGAGACCCCAAGCAUUGAAGAAGCCUUACAGAUAAUUCACGAUACUGAAAAAUCUCCGCAAACAGCCCAGAUAACAAAUGGGUUCUUUCUUCAUAAUCGGGAAAUGAGUAUCCUCAAUUCAAAUCUUUUGUUGAAUCAGACUAGCCCCGACAUAAUAAUAGACACAAAAGGUGCCUUAAGUCCCGUGACCGAUACCACCGAAGUGGACACUGGAAUUCACGUUCCUUCUGAAGAUAUUCCGGAAACGAUGGACGAAGACUCUUCUUUAAGAGACUAUACUGUCAGCCUGGACUCUGACAUGGAGGAACCCUCCAAGUUUGUUCAGGAUUCUGAUAUUCGGGCUCUCAAUCACCGAGAGGCCUUGAGUCCUUGUCCCAGUUCGGUAAGCACCAAGUCCCAGGCAGGCAGCAGUGCCUCUUCCAGCUCUGGAGUUAAAAUGACCAGCUUCGCCGAACAGAAAUUCAGAAAACUGAACCACGCAGACGGUCGGAGUAGCGGCAGCAGUUCUCAGAAAACAACACCCGAGGGCUCUGAACUCAAUAUUCCUCACGUUGUUGCGUGGGCACAAAUACCUGAAGAAGCAUCCCUUCAUCAGGGAAGAGAUACUACCCAACUCCUGGCCUCUGAAAUGGUACAACUGAGGAUGAAGCUAGAGGAAAAGAGGCGAGCCAUUGAAGCCCAGAAGAAAAAAAUGGAAGCCGCUUUCACUAAGAAGAGACAGAAAAUGGGAAGGACGGCAUUCCUUACGGUGGUGAAAAAGAAAGGCGACGGGAUAUCCCCGCUUCGAGAAGAGGCAGCUGGCGCCGAAGAUGAGAAGGUGUAUCAUGAGAGAGGAAGAGAAAAAGAACCUCAAAAAGAAGAUGAAUCAGUGACGAAGAGCACGACGGAAGGCACCAAAGACAGUGUUGAGAAUCCACAGGCUAAACGGCUAAAGUCUCCCACCACACCUGUGGAUCCUGAAAAGCAGUGGAACUUGGCCAGCCCUUCAGAGGAAACUCUCAAUGAAGGAGAGCUUUUAGAAUACACCAAAUCCAUCGAAAAAUUAAACUCUUCCCUGCAUUUCCUACAGCAGGAAAUGCAGCGCUUGUCACUGCAGCAAGAGAUGCUGAUGCAGAUGAGAGAACAGCAGGCUUGGGUCAUCUCACCCCCACAACCUUCUCCUCAGAAACAGAUUCGGGAUUUCAAGUCUUCGAGGCAAACGGGAAUGUCUUCACCAGUGGCCCCGUUCUCUUCAGAAUCCCCGCGCCCGACUCAUCCAUCCCCACAGUCUUCUAACAGGAAGAGCACGUCCUUCUCCGUUAAAAUGCAGAAGACUCCUAGGCCGAACGAACUGAAAAUCACCCCUUUAAACCGCACCCUGACCCCCCCACGGUCUGUAGAUAGCCUUCCUCGUUUGAGAAGGUUUUCCCCAAGCCAGGUUCCCAUCCAGACUCGAUCAUUUGUCUGUUUUGGAGACGACGGGGAGCGUGUAAGUGAACCUCAGUCCAAGAACACCAAACCUAGGGAAGAGGUAGGAAAGGAGGCUGGGCAGUCGAAAGGAAAUCGGGAACAGCCAGGACACAAUCCAGAAGAAAAAGAGAUCACAGCUUUCGAGUCGAUGGUUUCCGAAGUACUGUCUCAGCCCGUCACCGAAACUGUUCACCUCACACCAAAUGAGGAUCAGCUGAAGCAACCCAUUUUACCGCCUCCAGCUCCCAUCUUGCCAACUCCAGCUCCCAAAAGUGUUAAUUUAAUUGAGGUUUCCCUCUCGGAUUUAAAACCCCCAGAAAAGGCUGAUGAGUCGGUGGAAAAAUCUGAAGGAGAGAGUGAUAAAGAACAGUUUGAUGAUGACCAGAAAGUCUGCUGUGGCUUCUUCUUCAAGGAUGAUCAAAAAGCCGAGGAUGACAUGGCAAUGAAACGAGCAGCUCUCCUGGAAAAACGAUUGAGGAGGGAAAGGGAGACACUUCUUCGAAAGCAGCAACAGGAAGCAGAAUUAGAACACAAAAAGGAAGAGACAAGGCGUAAGACGGAAGAGGAACGUCAGAAAAAAGAAGAUGAGAAAGCACGUAGGGAGUUCAUUCGACAAGAGUAUAUGAGACGAAAACAGCUGAAACUCAUGGAAGACAUGGAUACGGUGAUAAAACCCCGUCCUCAUGGAGCCAAACAAAAAAAACAGCGUCCAAAGUCCAUUCACAGAGAUCAUAUUGAGUCACCUAAAACCCCAAUCAAGGGGCCCCCAGGGUCACGAAUUUAUCGUGUUUUUUCAGUCUCUAGCCUUUCCUUGGCAUCACUGAACACAGGGGAUAAUGACAGUGUACACUCCGGCAAGAGGACCCCAAGGUCAGAGUCUGUAGAAGGAUUCUUAUCUCCAAGUCGCUGCGGUAGUCGAAAUGGCGAAAAAGACUGGGAAAAUGCUUCUACGACGUCGUCAGUGGCUUCUGGUACCGAGUACACAGGCCCAAAGCUCUACAAAGAACCCAGUGCAAAAUCCAACAAGUAUAUCAUACAGAAUGCUUUGGCUCAUUGCUGCUUAGCUGGGAAAGUAAAUGAAGGUCAGAAGAAAAAAAUAUUAGAGGAAAUGGAAAAAUCCGAUGCCAACAACUUCUUAAUCCUGUUCCGGGAUUCAGGUUGCCAAUUCAGGUCUUUAUAUACCUACUGCCCGGAAAUGGAAGAAAUCAAUAAGCUGACUGGGAUAGGCCCCAAAUCUAUCUCUAAGAAGAUGAUAGAAGGACUUUAUAAAUACAACUCGGACAGGAAGCAGUUUAGCCACAUUCCUGCCAAGACCAUGUCUGCCAGUGUCGACGCCAUCACCAUCCACAGUCAUUUGUGGCAGGCCAAGAGACCAGUAACUCCGAAAAAACUUUGACCGACGAAGGCACAGUAUUGGGAAAAACAUUUACUUCAGAACAUUGUGGUGAAUUUGCACUUCAUCUUUCCUGCCUGUAGAAAAAAACAAAGUUUCUAGCUCCAAACUAGACUUUUAUUACUUAAAACUGGACGGAAAACUUUGUCGUCCUUAUGCACAACUGGAAUGUAAAUCUUAGUAUUUUGGAGUUGAGAAGAUUGUUCCGUAGGUGAUAAAGUUAGGCUGAUCAUUGAUGUUUGGAUUCCCGGCUGGAGAUCUGCCUGUGCUAACAGAGGAUACAGGGUACAUCCGCUCUAUAUUAGAUUUGAUCCACUGAAGCACCGAAUGUUCGUUCCUCUGUAGUAGUUGGGCAGAACCGUCGAAAAUAGGGUCGCAGUUAUGGGUUCUGUGCUUUUCUUAUACUUUUUGCCUUAUAUUGUCGUACGUACGUGUUUGUCUUCAAGGGUAGUACUUUGCUAAGAUUUUUCUCCACUAACAGAACUUCAGUCUUAUCCUCUAAACCCCAUUAAUUUUAAUGAUGGUUAAUGUGGAGACCGAAACGGUGAAUCACACCUCAAGAGGGGAUGUAGACGCCUCUCUUUUUGGAGGGGUUGAAGGAACACUAAGCUGAUUUUUAGUUCUGUCAAGGUCCUCGUAUUAUAAUGAUGUCUGAUUUAUUGAAAAAGUGAUUCCACUAAGUAUUGAGAAUUCUGUAUAAAUGAAUUAUGCACACAAGUAUUAACUACCAAGAGUUCUUUUUUUGAGCUGCUAGGAGAGAGGUUUGCUUGCCAUCACACAAGCGUAAUAACCAUUGGGGUAUUAGAGUCAGUUUUCUCUCACUUCUGCCCAACUCAGAAUGAGUCUGCUUUUCUUUUAAGAUCAAGUUUCGGGUAUAGUUUAGCAGAAACAAAUGACAUUGGGGAAAAGAGUUUUUCACUCUUUUGAAUCUUCGGAGACCUCCUUGCCCCAUCCUCGAAAGGUCAUUUCGUUACAUUUCCAGCCAGAGUGAAAUCACGUUCCUAACUUUUCGGCAUUAUUCCCAAGGGCUGCCUUUUUCUUCCUGAAUACUUUCUGACGGUUUCACACGGACUUUUAGUAGUCUUUUAAAAUCCUUUUUUAAGUAGCAGAACUGUUUUAGUUGAAGUGGACACGGGAAACCUCCGCCGAGUGACCCCUGGGUUUCUUUAACAGGGCAUUCAAGAGGGCUAGUUGGGUGGGGUAAGAGGAAACUCAUUCUCAGGAAAAGACUUGAAUGAUCAGAGAUCCUGUUAUGUUUCAGUGUUUGCGGCCCCAGUAAGAGUGAAAAGAAAAGGCAGUAUUGUACCAUAAGUGAAAUAUGUAGUUUGUUCUCUUUUGCGAGGGGUAGAAACUAAAGUCUGAACAUUUCUCUCAAAUGAACUGCUUAGAGAGAUGAAUUAACGCCUCACAUGAUGUACUUAUUUACUCAUUAAGGAAAUGAAUAGGAAUGAGAUGUCCCCGAAUCGUACUUUUUUGGAAUUAUUAUAAGGCCUUAGGCGUCAGUGCGUCUGGAUCGUUAUCAAGGUUUUCUCCAAAAUGCUGUCAAUAUUUUACUGUAAUUUAUGUUCUUAUAUUUAUGUAUAUUUGUUAAAACUGUAAAAAAAAAAAUUCACAGAUUUUUUCCAAUACCUGUGCAAGGUGUAUGUGUGGCUCAAAACUAUUUGUGACCUACUGUUUGCAUGUAAGAGACCAGGAUAUGUAACCCUUAUAUUUUAAGCGUCGACAUAUUGUGUAUAUAAUAUAUUAAAAUAUUAAAGAUGGGGGGUGGAACAUUCUACCAGUUGGACGAAAGCUCCCGUGACAAUUAAGUAUAUGGUUAUUAUUGAAUAAUCCCGUACUGAAUGAAGGCUAGUCGAGAACCACGGUAAAUAAAACUACUAGUCCGAAAGGUGGUGAGUAGUUAGUAGCCUUUAAAGAAGUCUUAAUAUAUUGAGAGUCAAGAAGUGUUUUUAAUUAUUAUUUUCUUUUUAAAAAUGGAUAUUUCCUUCGAUCUACUCACCCCCAGAUACUUCCCCUGCGUAAACCUUUAGAAUGUAACUAAACGGUGUUGAAAAAUCAGCUACCGGACACGUCGGAGGCAUCCCUUCCAGUCACUUCGUGUCGUAAAAAUGACUUUCAGAUAGUUUGGAUUUGACUAAAAGUUUGGCAAUCGAUGUUAAAGUACCGUAUGUGCAGUGUCUUAACGGUAGAAUCUGAAUAUUGCAGCUAACAUUUUAUUGUUUGCGGUUAAAAAAAAAUCACUGAAUAGGAAGAUACAUUUCCUUUUUAAGCCUGCAGAUUUUGUAAUUAUGGUGUGUCAUUAGUUGAGAAUCAGGUAAAAAAUCACCACCACCACAAAAAAAGGAAAAACAGUGCUUUUCACGAAGGCCAGAGUUUUACUGGUGGCCAUAUCGAAUUCUCUGGUGCUUUCACCGUCGGGGCUAGUGUUGUUAUGAUGAUUGCAGCUGUUACUCUUUGGAUUCAGUUUGCCAAAACUGUUUUAAUUUCAGUGAAAAACAUUCACAUUCUUAAGGUCAUCACAGCUAUGGAAGACGUUUCGAUUCCUCCUUGUUUUUGUUAUUUUCCUCCUAGCGGGACUCUUACCAUUUUUAUCGUUUGGCGGGCGGCCAAAUUCCGUUAUUUAAUCAUAGGCACUCUUAGGCAAUGUGCAGUGUAUGGUACAAGCUUACCUGUCCACUCGGAAGCAUUGCUUUCCUUUUUUUCCAGAUGCUGUGCUGUAAAAUAUUGUCAUGUUGCUAUUUCCUGGUACAGUGUAGUCCCCCCUCCCCAACCACCCCACCUUUUCAUUUAAAUAAAAGCAUGGCACUAAGAUGGUUA